ACCUGCAUAUGCCGGCAGCUACAUGUAUGCAGCUAGCUAGCUAGCAAGCUAGAUACUAGUGCUAUCUAGCUCCUUCUAGAUUGCAACCUCGCAAAGAUAUAGCUGCAUCUGCCUUGCCUGCAUGCACGCGAGCUGAUUAAGUGAGCGCAGCUGCCUACUUGCUGAUCCCUUCUCCUAGCUAGCCAGCAAUACCGAAUUAGCAUCAUAUGGAGGAUGACAAGAAGGAGGGCAAGUACCGCGGCGUGCGGAAGCGGCCGUGGGGCAAGUUCGCGGCGGAGAUCCGGGACCCGGAGCGCGGCGGCUCCCGCGUCUGGCUCGGCACCUUCGACACCGCCGAGGAGGCCGCGCGCGCCUACGACCGCGCCGCAUUCGCGCAGAAGGGCGCCACCGCCAUCCUCAACUUCCCCGCCGAGGCUGGCAGGAUGAGUGGCGGGUCUUCUUCGUCGUCGGCCGCCGCUCAGGCGGCUGCAAGCAGGCGCGUCCCUGACACGGAGAAGGUGGAGCUGGAGUACCUCGACGACAGGGUCCUGGACGAGCUCCUCGCGGAGGACUACUACAGCAGCACUAAGAAGUAGCUAGCUAGCUAGCACGCACACCCGAACGAAGAAUAAGCUACUAUACUACUAAAGCUGCUGGGAGUGAAGGAGGAGAAUGGUCUUCCUUGGUUUGGUCGGUCGGUGCAUGGCAGGACUAGUCAUGGCUUGCGUGGACACACUCACACACGUGUAGAACAAACCACUGACACGUCCUUUGUCCUGGCGAGCCCAUGCAGCGUGCUUUCAUUUGUUACCGCGAAGAUGGAACGAAGUAAUUAAUGGGUAUAUAUACGCAAAUGAAAGUAAUUUAUUUUCUGCAAAGAUGUGUGUGUACG